AUGAAAUCACCUAUCUUAUGGUUGUUUAAUCAGCUAAUAAAGGAAACAAUGUCAUUUAUUUGUAAAAAAUCAUCCUACUUAUUAUUCAAUCUAUUUUUCUAUAAUUUUAUUCAUAUUUAUAACGUUGUUAAUUUUUCCGCUUCGGCUGUGCAUCAAACGAAUACCACAAUGUAUCUUACAUCUGGAUAUGAUUCUUCUCAUUCACUUCACCUUCCACCAUCACCUAUUUCUUCUUCUUCUUCUUUGUCGUCGUCGUCUUCGUCAUCUACAGAACAAGAUCAAUUAAAUUUAUUCCAUCUAAUUGAAGAAUCUCCAAAUGGUACAGAGAUUAUUGGUGUAUCUAAAUAUUUACAUCAAUAUAUUUCAGUUAGUUUACAACAGUUUCUUACAAUGAAUAAUAUAAAAAUAGAUGUCAAUAAUUAUAAUUUCUUAAAUAAUGAUAAGUUUCAAUUUAACUUCCAAUUACUCGAUAUACAUGAUCCUUUAACAAAUGCUUUACAUUUAAAUUCAAUUAAUGGUAAAUUAACAAUUCAAAAACGUAUUGACCGUGAAUCUAUAUGUAGUAGUGGUAGUGUAAACGGCAAUGGUAUCAACAAUAACAUUAUGAUUGGUAGUAGUAUUAGUAGUAGUCAUAUCAGCAGUUCACAAUUUCCAUUGAAUAAUCGUCCAUCAAUGUCUUUACAAAAUAAUAAUAAUCCUGUGAAUAGGAUAUCAAGUAAUUUAAAUAAAAAAUGUAUUAAAACAUUGAAUAUUUUAUCAACAAUACAAAUAAUAGAAUUAAAUGAAGUCAAUAUCAAGAAAAUACCUAUCAAUUUAUUGAUUAUCGAUAUAAAUGAUAAUAAUCCAAUAUGGUUAUCAAUUAAUAAUGGAAUCAAUUAUAAUAAUAAUCAUCACUAUAAUUAUACUACUACAAACUACUGA